GACGAGGAGAACGGGAAUGGGAAGGGGAGAAGUAGGUUGGAGCCAAUGGACACCAUAUUUGUCAAGAAUGUGAGAGAGCGAGGUCCCGCUCACCAGGGUGGCUUGUGUACAGGGGAUCGGCUGGUGAAGGUGAAUGGAGAGAGUGUCCUGGGGAAAACGUACUCCCAGGUGAUCGCCCUCAUACAGAACAGUGAGAGUGUGUUGGAGCUCUCUAUAAUGCCAAAAGACGAAGACGUUCUGCAGCUGGCAUACUCCCAGGAUGCCUACCUGAGGGGCAACGAGCCUUACACAGGGGGAGCCCGGAACCUUCCGGUACCCCCGCCCCUCUGCUACGCUCCCCGCACCAAGUCCCAGCCUCCCGCCGGGGCCCCGGCCCCCAUGGGCCAGAACCAGCUGGACAACUGGAGCCGCUGGGCAGGCUCCGCCAGCCCCAUGUCCCCCCUGGACAACCGCUCCACCGUGGGCAGCCCGGCCAGCUGGCAGGAGGGACUGGGCGGAGAGCCGGGGGGCGUGGGCCACAGUAGCCCCCCCUACAGGACAGAGGAAAUCCAGUACGGUGUGACCGGGCAGCAGCCUACGGGACAGACAAGGGGUCGCUCCUACUCCUCAUCUUCUUCUUCAGGAGGGCCCCUCAGCAGCCCUCUGCAUGUUCACUAUGUCAACCACAAUGCUGCUGGCACUGCCACCACCGCCUCCUCUCAGCCCCAGAAGGGCAGCCAGGCCUGGGCCAGCCCUCCCCAGCCGAGCCCCAGCCGUAGCCAGCACUGCCAACAGGCCCUGUCUGAGUGGUACUACAGCCAAGCUGCUGAGCAGCGCCAGGGCCGCAGUGGCAGCAUGCACCAACGCCACCGCAGCUACUCUCAGGACAGGCUGUGUGAGACAGGCCCUGGGUGCCACCGCCGGAGUCCGGGCGGCUGGCCCCACAGCGCCUCCCAGGACACCCUGAUGCUACUGCAGCAGUCGGGCCCCGGCCCCCACGGGGACCCUUCUUGGACCUACGGAGACUGGGAGGGGGCCCGGGACCAGAGUCACCCCUCCUCCUACGGCAGCAGAGCCCGGUCGGAGAACCUGCUGGUACAGUACGACCGCUAUGGCCGUUCGAUGGAGAUGUUGGAGUCGCCCCGUUCCGAGAGGCCUGCCUGGCUGAAGCAGGCCUCACAGCAAGCACCCAGGACUGAGGCCUAUCAGAGGCAGGGGAACCAUUACGGUGUCGCACCGGCCCCCUCUAUGGGCCGACAAGCACAGCCGCACCACAAAAACCACCCCCAACCCCACUCACAGUCUCACCCACAGCCCCAGCCCCAACAACCAGCCCCCCAGAGCAGACGUCUUCCCACCGGACAGAGUCUGGACGACCAGCCAGUAGGUUACCGCAGCUACAGCCCCUCCUUCAACCGCAAAACAGGCCGCAUCAUGCAGCAACCCUCCUUCAGGGACCCCUCCUACCUUGGCCCCCACCUCAGCUGGGCCCCCACCCCCAAAACCAGCCCCCCAGAGGGUGUUGUCCCCUCAGUUCCAUCCCCCCUGGCCUCCACCACCCCCGAGACCCUUGACAGGGCCUACCGCCCCACCAACCAUGAGAGGGGGGCAGUGGAAGGUCAGGUGGAGGUGGUAGCUCAGACCCAGGAGGUCAAACUGAGACAGAAACCCCCCACGGGACGAAGGAGCGCCCACGCCAUGCGCCACCCCCACUACACCCUGCCUGUAGAUGGCACAGAACCCCCUGUGUUCCCCCCUGACCCCCACGACGCUGCCCCCGCCCCUCGCCCCUCAGGAGAUGGUGCCCCGCACCGUACCAAUGGCAACCUGGCCCCCCUGUCUGUAGAGGAUGACGCAAUGGCCUCCAUUCCCUUUAUAGAUGAGCCAACGAGCCCCAGCGCUGACCUCCGUGCCCGCCACGUACCCGCCUCCUCCGUGGUGUCCAGCGGCAUGAGCUCAGCGCCCGCCAUCGUCACCAGCCCCGCCUCCCCCACCUUCACCUUCCCCCUAACCAGGCUCUUCUCACACGACUGCAGCGGUAUUAAAUCCAGUCGCCGUUCCUCCUAUCUUCUAGCCAUCACCACGGAGCGCUCCAAGUCAUGUGACGAGGGACUCAACACCUUCAGAGGAGAGGAGGGACGCGGCGUCUCGAGGCUGCCAAAGAGAGUGAAGAGUUUCUUCACUGUUGGGUCUCUGGACAGUCUGGGGGCAGCGGAGGAGGUGCGCUCCAAACGCCACUCCACCUCAGAGCUGGGCAGUAUCAGCUACAGUGACAUAUGGAGAGAGGGAUGGCUGCACUACAAACAGAUCCUCACGGAGAAGGGCAAGAAGGUGGGCAGCGGCAUGCGUCCGUGGAGGCGGGUCUUCUCGGUGUUGCGCUCCCACUCGCUCUUCCUCUACAAGGACAAGCGGGAGGCGGUCCUGCGGGGCGCCACUCUGGGAGGCGAUGCCGACGAGGAGCAGCCAAUCAGCAUCCGGGGCUGCCUGGUGGACAUAGCGUACAGCGAGACCAAGCGUAAGCACGCACUGCGUCUGACCACUCAGGACUUUUGUGAGUAUCUGCUGCAGGCCGAAGACAGAGAGGACAUGCUGGACUGGAUCAAGGUCAUCAGUGAGAACAGCAAGACCGACAAUGAGGAGCUGGGAUUCUCAAGACAGGCUCUGAUCAGUAAGAAGCUCAAUGACUACAGGAAACAGAGUCCAACAGGCAACAAGCCGGACUCCUCGCCCAGGGUGUCCCGUGCCAAGCCUUCCUUCCUGCUGGCCAAGAUGGAGAACGCUGCCGGGGCGCCGCGCUCACCCAAACCUGAGGGCAAAGAUGAGAGCAGCCCCCCUAAGUCGCCAUGGGGGAUCAACAUCAUGAAGAAGUCCAAGAAGUCAGGGCCCAAGGCUUUUGGAGUGCGGCUAGAGGACUGCCAGCCAGCUGCCAACAACAAGUUCAUCCCUAUGAUCGUGGAGAUCUGCUGUGGGCUGGUGGAGGAGAUGGGUCUGGAGUACACCGGCAUCUACAGGGUCCCAGGGAACAACGCAGUGGUGUCCAGCCUUCAGGACCAGCUCAACAAGGGGUCGGACAUCAACCCUGCAGAGGAGAAAUGGCAGGACCUGAACGUGAUCAGCAGCUUGCUCAAGUCUUUCUUCAGGAAACUUCCGGAGCCCCUCUUCACUGAUGAUAAGUACAAUGACUUCAUCGACGCUAACCGGAUGGAGAAUGCCGGGGACCGGCUAAAGACCAUGAAAAAACUGAUCCGUGACUUACCGGACCAUUACUACCACACUCUCAAGUUCCUGGUUGGCCAUCUGAAGACGGUAGCUGACCACUGUGAGAAAAACAAGAUGGAACCUCGUAACUUGGCCCUGGUGUUCGGGCCCACGCUGGUGCGGACGUCUGAAGACAACAUGACAGACAUGGUGACUCACAUGCCUGACCGCUACAAGAUAGUAGAGACGCUCAUCCAACAUUAUCUCUGGUUUUUCAGUGAGGACCUGGACAAGGAUGAGAAGACUCCAGUAGACACGAAGGACCUGGUGCCUGCCCCCAAUAUCGACCACUUGCUCUCCAACAUUGGCAGGACCGCUCUGCUCGGGGAGGCGUCAGACUCAACCAACAGUGACUCAGCUAAAUCUAAGGGGUCGUGGGGGUCAAAGCGAGACCUCACUGCCAAGGACUUUCUGACCCUGUCCAUCAUGUCCGCCGUCACCGGACGCAAGCGCAGGAAUCGCUACAACGGCCGCCUCGUGGGCAGCAGCACAGACGACGACUCGGAGCACGAGCCAAUCAAAGCCAGCCACCUGGGGGUGGAGGAGGGAGAAGAAGCGGGGCUGGUGGUGGCAGGAGCAGACACCGCCCCACGAGCAGAGGGAGAGGAGGAGGAAGAUGAUGAGGAGGAGGAAGAAGAAGAAGAAGAGUCUGUAGUAGAGAGAGUGAGAGUGCAGGUGGAGGUAAAAGAGGUGGUAGUUCCCAGCAUGCCGUGCGGUGGUGAGAAAGAGAAAGCAGGGCAGACGGUGAUGCUGCUCCCUGAGGAAGAGGCGGUGACGGCGGAGGUGAAGGGCAGGGCGUGGCGGGGGCCAGAGGACGCUCGCUCUAUCGUCUCCGGUUACUCCACCCUCUCCACACUGGGGCGGAGCCUGGCGUCUGAGGGACGGUGUGAUGAAGCUGACGACGAGCGCAGCGAGCUGGUGAGCGAGACGGACAACGAGAGCGGAUUCGCCUCACGCUCCCUUACCCAGGAGAGACCUGAGAAACACCCCCCUGCAUCCAUUACACACACCCUCACACCCCCUACCCCCACACAGCCCCCCACACAACCCCCCACGGCAGCACAACGAAGCUUCCUCUACACACACUACAAACCCCACCCUAUCUCCGCCACACCCCAGCACACCACCCCCACCCCCUCCACACACACUCAGGACCCUGGGGAGAGGAGUGAAGGUGGGGCGCGAUCCACCACCCCCUCCUCCUCCUCCUUCUCGUCGUCCUCCACCACCCACAGACUGCACUCCCGGCCCUCCUUCAACUCCCACAAGCUGAUCCAGUGUGACACGCUGGCCAGGAAGAAGCUAAAGGACAGAGGGAAGACCAAGGCUCGUUCUCUGGACCUGCUGGACCUCCCUGUGCCUUCAGGAGAGGAGGAGGGAGCUGGGGCACCAGGGGCCCAGAGGGACCGAUCCAGGACCAACCCUUCCACAGGUAGCAGCCAGGAGAGCCUACGUCCAGCCCGACCCAAAGAAUCCCUGCCGCCCAGCGAGGCUGCCUCUUUCACCCCCAGCGGGACAGGGCAGGGUCAGGGGCGAGGGUCUCUGGCUGACCAGGUGCGUGCGCGCCUGCUGGGCUCGGCUGAUGACCUGCGUAUCGUGGGGCUGAGGAAGCCACUCUCCCCGGAGACGAGGAGGAAGAGACGGGCCUGGAGAAGACACACUGUGGUGGUCUCACCUACCGAGACGGGCGACAAGAGGCCUGCGCUAGCCACCAAAGUAUUCCCCAUGUCGCCGGCCACUUCCAAACCACAGGGGUCACCCCUCGACCCCCAGGAGCUUGACCCAAGACAUCCUCUUCCCCUGGGCCAGAAUCCCCCCGCCACACGCGCACCAGCCUCCAGGUUCCAUCAGUACCUGUAACUAUGGACAGAGACUGAUAGGCCUGUAAAUUACAAGGCCUCUGGCCUCCCUCUCAAAGUCUCCCUCCCCUGAGCUGCUGAGCCAGGGCUACUGUCUCAGAGGGUCAGAUAGUGCUGACCCCAGGUCAGUUGCAUGAUGGCAGUGAGUAGUGGACAGCAGAGCCACAGACAGACACAAGGGGUCUUAUGACAGGUCUGAGAACAGUUUUCGGCCUCCAGUCUACUCACGCUCCCUUUUCAUUUGUUUCAGCUCCGUUUGCAUGGCAAAGGGAAUUCCAGUAUUUGCCAAAGCUUUUUUCGUUUGUGUGUUUUAAAUAAAAAAUAAAAUACUGCUAAACUGCAAUGGGACAACAGACAGACAGACAGA